GUGGGCGAGAGUGGAAGUCGGAGAAAGAGACAGUUAGACAGACAGAAGGACCUUAAGAUAAAGAGUUUAGCAAAACUUUCUGUUAUAACGACUGGGGAACCUGAUCUUUCCUUCCAGCUCUUCUAUUUUUUCAUACAAAAAAAUCGAAUCAUAAAGGUUGGAUUACUAAAAAACAAAACAAAAAAAACGAUAUGAAGACCAACUCCCUUUUAUAUAAUAGCUAAGCGUCAACCUGUACGAGCAUAUAAACAUAUAUAUAUAUACACAUAUAUAUAUAUACUUAUAUAAAUCUACCAGUUAAUAUAUAUAGCUAUCUAUAUACUUAUACAUCAACCUAAAUCCUACGUAGAAUACAACUGUACCGAUACAAAAUGUAAAUUUUCGAAUACACAUAUAUAUGUGUAUGUGGCUAUAGAUUAUAUAUAUAUAUAUAUAUAUAUGUCACACAUACACAUAUAUGUGGAUGUAUAAGAUAAUUACAUAUGAGAAUGUACAUGUAUGUAUUAAAUAUGAAAGAAAACGAUGAAUCAAUUUCGACGAAAAAAAUACAAAAGAUACAAACACGAUUCUUACCAGAGCUUCUUUAAAUUAAUCCCGGCUUAAUGAAAUUUGACAAUUUGCCGCUUUCGGCAAGCAUUUUGACGAAAAGAAUGUCUAUCAAAUUUGAAGACAAGAUAUUCUACAAUCGAAUGAAGGGUUUACGUUCUCGGGAUGAAAUGCUUUUAUUCAACAAUGGAGAGACUCUUGUUCAAAUCAACCAAGAUACGUCGGAUGACAAAGCCGUGUUUCUCAAAACAGAGAAAGUAGAAAACACACCCCUCAUCAAAUGUCCAACGUGUCCUGAUGUCUUUGAUACAUACACAACUCUCCAGAGACACAUUUUAAUUUCCGGUUGUGGCCGAACAUUGCCGAUGACUGACGAAGUGUACCAUGCACGGGACACUGAAUGCGAUAAAAUCGAAAACGAGGCCAAAAGAGAGCCAAUCAAUAAGUGCCAUCUCUGCAGUGAGACUUUCGACUGGAGAUCUGAUUUGGUACGACAUCAGGCUCUCAUUCAUAGCCAGCAGUUUGCCAUUCAACUGGAAUGUACAACCAACAGCAACAGCAACAGCAACAACAUCAGGAGACCAGCGAAAAAUACUUCAAACAUGACAAUGUCUCCAACUUCACGUUCCCCUUCCUCAUCAGCAUCCCCUCCUUCUCAACUAUUGUCAAUAGUACCCUGUCAACAGUCACCCACAACCACAAUGACUACAACAACACCAACAGCAACGACACCGACACCAGUAUCCAUCGCCACUACAUCUCCCUCACCACCACUGUCGUCGCCGCCGUCGUCCUUAUCCCCUUCUUCUUCAGCACCAUCUCCGUCAUCUUCGUCACCGCCACCUUCACUAACUUCAUCAUCGCCGUUAUCGGCGCAGUCGACGAUGACGACACGGACGGCGAUGACAUCGACGACAAGAGCAGCAUCACCAUCAGCCAACACAACACCCGAAAUGACAAUGUUUCACAACAGCAACAGCAACAACAACAACAACAGCAGCAGCAGCAGCAGCAGCAGCAGCAGCGGUGGCGGUGGCGGCAGCCACCAAAGCAACAGAUUCAAAGUUAGUUCAGCCAAUACCAAAGACGAAUUCCUUAGGAAAUAUUCUCCCGUUGACAGCAAAAUGUUAUUUGGUGCUAACACUAGCAACACCAAUAGCAACGGCGAAGAUGCUAAUGGAAAUGACAGCAACGAUGCUAAUGACGAUGUCACUAAUAAUACUAAUAGUAAAAAUAACGAUAGGAGUAAUAACAGUGAUAAUGUCGAUCCUCCGUCGAUUGUUAGCAACCGAAUGCUAUUUCCCGAUAGUGUAAAUAGCAACAGCGAUAGCGAUGGAGGUGGUGGGGAUGGCGAAGGAGGAGAAGGAGAAAAUGUAGACGGAGGAGGCAACAGUAACAGUAUUAGUGCAGGUUCACCACCAAACACCGUUAGCAACACCGAGAGUAAAGUGACGAUUGGUAGUAACUGCAGUAACAGCAGUAGUAAUAGCAAUUGCAGUAAUAGUAACUCUGGUAGAAAUAGCAAUGGUGACGGUAGCAAUGCCAGUGCUGCCAUCUCCACCGCCAACAGCAGCAGUAGCAACAAGAAGAACAACAACAGCAGUAGCAGCAGCAGCAGCAGCAAUAGCAACAAGAAUACUGCCAUUAACACUAUCAGUGCGGCGAACGCUGCAUUGAACCUUGGCAACAGGUUCCCUUGCGAAAACUGCGAUAAGGUUUUCACUGACCCCAGUAACCUGCAGCGUCACAUCCGUUCGCAGCAUGUAGGUGCCAGGUCUCACGCGUGUCCCGAGUGCGGAAAGACGUUCGCAACAUCGAGCGGUUUGAAGCAACACCAGCACAUUCACAGCAGCGUGAAACCAUUCCGUUGCGAAGUCUGCCUAAAGGCGUAUACACAGUUUUCCAAUUUAUGCAGACACAAGCGGAUGCAUGCUGAUUGCAGACAACAGAUCAAAUGCAAAGACUGCCAACAGGUUUUUUCAACUGUAACGUCUCUCGGAAAACACAAGAGAUUCUGCGAUGGGGCCUUUCGCUCAAGUAGUGCUGCUGCGGCAGCUGCAGCUGCAGUCGCAGCUGAUCACCAUCUGCGCAUGCGUCUCUGCUACACUCCCGACAAGCUUGUCCCGGCUGGACUAGGAGCCUUACAGCAAAAUACUCCGCUGACCACUGCUGCAGCCGCAGCGGCUGUUUCAGCUUAUAUGUACGGACAACCUCGACUUUCUUACUUUCGUCCUUUAAUCACGCAACCUCGGUUUGGAUCUAUUCUUCCUCAGCCAUUAGCCGCUGCAAUGGCGACAUCUAGUUUGGCUGGAACCUCAACAACAAAUCAUAGUGGCAUCAAUUCCUGUUCUCUUCCUUUGUCUAAUUCUGCUUUGGACACUGACUGCUUUCGAUCUCCGGCGGCAGCCAUCCCCCCAACCCCUGCACCAGCACAUGCUCAUCAACAUAUACCUCUUCCACCAAUGCAUCCCGCCACAUCCAUUGUUUCGCAUGCACCUCUGUCGUUAUCCUUACCAAAACCACAACAGACUCAACAUCAACGACUGCAGAGCGAAUCAGAAGUAAGUGGUCUCAACUUGCAUUCUCCCGAUUUUAUGACUGGUUAUAAUUUGACAACAUCUGCGGCUAAUCUCAGCAAUAUGAACAGCAGCAGCAACAACAAUAAUAUUAAUGAUAACAAAGCUAACUCAGAUAUCAGUCAUAUUGACAGACACUCAAGUGGCAUGUUGAUAAAGGAUCAGCUAGAUUACGAAAGUCGAAGUCAGAAGAAGCGGAAAUGGAGAAAACGGAAUAGAAAAAUAAGACAUAAGCGACCUGACGAAUGGCUGGAUUCUGGGCAUAAUAAUUUGAUAGAAAAAUCUGAUAUUGACCUUUGGCAGGAAGAACAAGGGUUGAACCUAGAAGAUGACGAUGACAAUGUGGACAGUUGUUAUAAAAGAGACAUCUAUAAAUGGCGUCGAAUUGAUGUCGAGACCCAGAAUAAAAUGUGGCCUGAAAAUCAAGAGUUUGAUGAGAAAAAACAUAUUGACUGGAAAUUGGAGAGAUAUGAUGAGGUAGAUGAGGAAAGAGACGAAAGAAAGAGCGGAAGAGAGAAACUGGAAAAUGACGAUGAAUUGGACCCAAUGGAGAAUGAAGACACAGAAAACAUUGGCCACGAUGUAAUGGAUAGCAAACGAUGGUCUUUUGAUAAUGUUUUUAAUGCUGCAGACGAUAAAGAGAACGAACAAAGCGAAGUGUCAUAUGACAGAGAUGCCGUGCUAAUGCUUCAGCAUCAGAAAAAGUAUACGGCGGGCGAUAACAACAAUAACACAAUAGACGAUAACAACAGUAAUAGACUGAAAAACAAAGACAGUAACGGCAAGAACAUUAAUGAGGAAGAUUUAAGAACGUUCAGUUCAGAAAAUUCGCGUUUAAAAUCUGGAACUGUCAUUGAAAAUGAACUUGGUCAAGUUAAAGAUAAACAUGAUGUACAUCUAACACGGAUGUCUGUCGAAACUCCGCUCAGCGGUGGUAAUAAUAACAACAAUAGAAGCAACAUCAUCAACAACAAUAACAACACCAACGACAACAACAGAAGCAGUACUUUAAAUUCUACCGGAUGUAAAAGUCCUGCCGCUGUGUCAUCCUUUUCUUGCUCUUCGCCGUCGUCUGCUUCAUCCAAUUAUUCAGGAACGACUUCUGGUGGUGACGACAACGAUGACGAAGCAAAUCUAGAUAACAACGUUCUUCGUAAGAGGACAGACGACAAUGAAAAUUCAGAAACAAGAAAGAAGAAGAAAGAAAGGAAAGCAAGAAAGAGACAGAGAAUGGGAAUAGAAAAACACGAGGAAAGAACAGAAGUUGUAGUCGUUGGAGAAAAUGAAGACGAAAUUGAAGAUGGAGAUAACAGUGAAGAAGAUACUGGCGCAGAAGAAUUUAAAAAGGAAGAAAGAAAUUGCCCGAAAAAUUCUAACUCUGAUUCUACAAUGUUACCAGAAAAAGAUGACAGCAGACGACAACUGAGAAAUGACUACGUAGAUGCCAAAGAUCUCAGUAUGACCGGACCUACAUCGAGACGAAAGCGAGGUCGCCAUAGUAGCUACGGUAACAAUAAUUUUAAUAACAGCAACAUAAGUAAUCUUCCUUAUUACCAAUAUCGAAACCAACCCCAGUUUGGAAAUGCUUUCACAGCAACUGCAUUAGCAGAGGCAGCCAUGUUCUUAGACGGUGCCCUGAACCUCCGCACGAGAAACUCUGAUGACCUACAAAGCCAUCAACUGUCUAAGAAGAAAAGGAAUCCAGAUAAUGAUAAUAAUAACGAUGAUACUAGAAAUGAAAAUGACAACAACUUAUUAGAAGCUGUUUUCAAUCCAUCUUCACUACCAAGUCUUGUAUCGAUGGCUAAGCGUGGAUUAAUAGCUUCUAGUGUCGGAAGUGGAAGUCAUAAGAGCCGGAAACGACAUCUGCAACCAGGAGUGAACAAGAACUCAAACAACAGUGAUAAUGACAUUUCUAAUCUACGACAGCAGAAACAUCAGCGAUACUUACAAGAGCAUCAGCAGCAAAUCUAUGGCUUUUUAAAACAGGAAACAGAAAACCCUGACUCAUUUCCAUUCCAGAAUUCUCCUACUAAACACCAACAAUUUGAUCAUCAACAAGAAUCAGAACAUCAAAUAGCACCAUUUGAUUUGUCUAAAUCUAGCAUAGAACAGCGACAACAACAACAAAGACUGCAGUCACAGCAACGCCGUGUAAGAUUUAAAUCCAGAUUGAAAACAAAUUUUCAGUCAGGGUUAACUGCUAGCGAACGUGUAGCAGCAGCAAUGUCUGCUUAUAUUGCUGAAGAUGGAAAGCAUGAUGAUGAUGAAGAAGAAGAAUUUGAAGAAGACAUGUUCGACGAAGAUAGUUUUGAGUAUGGAAACUUACAUGAUGUUGACGAAAUUAAGAGUCGCAACAUGGAAGAAAAUCGACAGUUUGGACUGCUUCUUAAUGACAAACAUUUCAUCAACAGAGACUACAAUUAUUGUUAUCGAGACUUUUAUAACAAUCACUAUUACAAUGACAGUAUAAGAGAGGAAGAUGAAGAAGAAGAAGAAGAUAAGGUUGAAGAAAGAAAAAAUAACGAACGACGUGGGAAGCUGAAGGAUAAUUCUAUCGGCAGUAAUUUCCAUGAAACCCAUAAUAAUCUGGAUGUGAAAGAUGAAAUAAAAAGCAUAUUAGAUGCCCCGCUUGAUUUAUCUACAAAUUCGAAACAUACAGUGGAUAAUAUCUUAAACAAAAACACCGACGAGGCAUUCAUUGCUAAUUGUUACCCAUCCCGAAAAACUCAUGUAUAUGGAUCAGGUCUUAUAGCAUCAUCUAAACUGACGAAAAGCGGGGAGAAGGGAGGCGGUAAUGAAGGCUCAGAAUUAGAUUCCAAAACCAUGACUGCUGCACUUAAACUAUCAGAGUCUGGAUCUGAGCUGCACUAUGCCUACCCUUUUGCAGGAUCCUAUAUGUUAGAUCCCUAUUACUCUACGAUAGACAAAGAAAAAUACACAUCGUCAAUGAUGGCAACCUUAAAUAGAUAUCAUGCCCAUUCAUCAUAUCCUACGCUACCCCACCACUUACAACAUCCCAGUUUUCCCAAUCAUCUUACAUCAUCUUCCACAACUCAUCCUUACCAACAUCCCCUCGUUUCAUACAGUGGAUUUCUAGAUUCUCCUAUGGACAAUAGCCUUUCUUAUACAGAUAACAACAGUGAUAUGAUCCGAGGAGGUGGUAAAAGUGGAUCAAAUGCCCAGAGUGGCAACAACAUCAAUAAUAAUGACAAUAACAACACUGCCACUUCAAAUGCAAACAAUAGUAGUUCACAAACACUAGGAGGAGGCAUUCCGUGUUCAGCGUCAGGAUUGAGCAAUUUCGGAUAUAAUACAAACAGUGCUCAGACAACUGCUUCAACUUUAGCUGCAGUUGCAGCAGCAGCUGCUGGAAACGGCCAGGGCCCUGGUUCGUGUACAGGAAUGGGUAUGGGUAAUUUCAGGUACCCACCUCCUCCUGGAGGGCAUGGCCUUUUAUCUGCUGCUGCUGCCGCCGCAGUUGCAGCAGCGGUAGCAGCAGCAGCCGCAGCUAAUCGGCCUGGUGGCGGUGCUGGCACUGGGGUCGGAAGUGGAACACAUCACCUCAUGGCUGCUGCAGCAGCAGCAUCAGGUGCAGGAGCUGCUCUGACUGGCGUCGGUGCCGGAAGUGGUUCUGCCAGUAGUGGCAGCAUGACAUUCCAUAGCAGCAAGUUUAAGGAGAGGUAUUCUUGUAAAUACUGUGGCAAAAUAUUCCCCAGGUCGGCAAACUUAACCAGGCACUUACGUACACACACUGGAGAACAACCAUACAAAUGUAAAUUCUGUGAACGCUCUUUUAGCAUUUCCUCCAAUUUACAACGACAUGUUCGAAAUAUUCAUAAUAGGGAACGUCCUUUCCGGUGCACAUUGUGCGGCAAAAGUUUUGGUCAGCAAACAAAUUUAGACCGACACGUUAAAAAACAUGAAAUACAAGGACCAAACGUGACAGACUCACCUAUUCAUGGUAAUAAUAACGGCGAUAUUAGCUUCAGUGAAGAGGUGAAUUUAUCUAAGAGUUCAAAUAAUGACGACAUAUUAACGAACCGAUUAAGUUUUGAUGAAGACUUUAGUAUUAAGAAAGAUACUAACGAAAAUGACCUCAGAAUUAGACGAGAUUCAAACAAUGAUAACCGGUUGUCAAGGAAGAGCAUUAUUAGUGAUAAUUUUAUCAACAGAAAAAAUACAAGUCAUGGCAGCUUUAAGGAAGAGUUGUUGAGCAAAACAGGAAUAGACAUAGGGAAAAACUACAGUAACAACAACUAUGUUAUUUCAAGACUAGCCAGCAGCAAGAACAGUGAUAUUAAACCCAAACCAUUAGGUGACAAUACAUUUAAUGAUCAAAAAGGUGAUAUUUUUAUUGCAGGAAACUAUAGCACAAACAAAAGCGAUAUAAACUAUUUAGAUAGAAAUAUGGCUAGAUAUCUUGACAGUAACCAUUGUAUCGAUCUUGUUGUUAACAAAAAUUCUUCAAGUAGCAAGGAGUUUUCCAGACGAAAUAUCGAUGAAAAUGAUAUUAUAAUACGAGACGAUCCUUACACUAUUAACAACGUUGCCAAAGCUGAUUCUAAAUUUUCUCCCAGGACAUCUAAUCAACCAGUUUCUGGUUUUGGUGAAAAUCCACUCGACGAAAGAUUCCACGGACAAAAUAGAAGAAAUUAUAUCGGUGACGUUGAUAAUCGUGAUGAAGGUGAGAAUAAGGAAGAAGUUGACAUUGCCCAAAACGAUGAAAAAGACAUUAAAUAUAGUAAAGACAAGGAUUGGGCGGAUGAUUAUACCAACGAAACUGCUGAAAAAAGUUAUGAAUAUGAAGGUAAAAUGAAAUCUUCGUUCUAUACUGAAAAUAACAAAAGUAUUGCAAAACUUUGGAAAAACACAAUCGACGAAGAAAACUGUGAUUUUGAUAGAAACACUAUUAAGGAAGAAGAUGACCUUAAUGAAAACAUAUUAACAAAAAAUAUUAACGAACAUGGCACAAACAUUCCCAGUUUGUCUGCUAUGAGUGAUGGUAAUUCAAAAACUUCUAAUAAAACGAAAAAAAAUAACCAUGAAGUUACCGAAAACUUGUAUGAUUCCCCCGAAAAAUCAAACGACAGGUUCCGAAAUAUCGAACCCGAAGGUGAAAAUGAUCUUUUUGAAAAAGGAAACAUAAAGGUGAUUGAAGGAGUCCAUAUUAAAUCUGAGACAAACAACAGCAGUGAAGGUUCUGCUAAAGUUGCUAACGAUGCUGAAAUGAGCCAUGAAAAUACAAUCAGAAACUUUACAUUCAGUACCAGUGAGAAAAACCAAGACGAGGACGUCAAUAAAAAUGAUGAUGACAGCAUAGUAUCUGCAGAAAAAUGGUCUAACGCUAGUCAUGGAAGUAGUGGAGUCGGUGGUUCUUUUCCAAAUACCACCAUGAAACGUGACUUCAAAUCUGCAACUACUUCUGUGACUGCUUCAAUUUCUCCUACCCCGCUUUCUACAGUGAAUAAUAAUAAUAAUAAUAAUAAUAAUAAUAAUAAUAAUAAUAAUAAUAAUAAUAAUAAUAAUAAUAAUAAUAAUAAUAAUAAUAAUAAUAGUUGCAAUUUUACUGCAGAUCACGUUGCUGUUACCACAACUGCAGCACAUACUGUUACUAUUGUCAACGCUACGACUACGACUGCUACUAAUCUUACUACGACCACUACUACUAGAAUUAGCAGUAGUAAUGGUGGAAGAAGCAAAAAUAAUCUUUUUAUUGCUGACAACUUCAUGAGCGGUUUUAGUGGCAAUCAAAGCAGAGACAAUGUUAAAGUUCCUAACAAAGCAGAAAGAAUGAAAAGAAGAAAUGUUAGUGAUGAUUAUGAAGAAGAAAACGAUGAUGGUGAAGAAGAUGAGGAAGAGGAAGAGGAUGAAGAAGUCAAUGAAGAUGAUGAUGACGAUGGAGAUGAUGACAAUGAAGAUGAAAAUGACAAAGGUGAUAGAAAUGAUGACAAUGAUGAAGAUGAUAAUGAUGACGAUGAUGUCGGUGGUGAUAAUGAUGAUGGCAGAGAAGAAAACGAAGACGACGAUGACGAUGAUGAUGAUAGAGAAGGAAGGGACGUCGGUGAAAAUGCAAAUGAAGAGGACGAUAUGGAGGAGGACGAUGAAGGAGAAGAGGAAGAAGACGCUGAUGACGAUUUGGGCGAUGAAAACAACGCCUCUAACGAAGGUGAUAACCAGAUGGAUAAUAACCAAAAUUGUCUCAGCUUCCCUCAUCACACUCAGAGUAGAAACGCAGAUAGUGACGAAACAAGCAACAACUAUAAAAGGACGAACAGCUGCGGCAACAGUAGCAGCAGAAGCAUCAAUAUCAACAACACCAACAGCUUCAACAGCUGUAAUGACCAAUACAACAACAACAACAAGAAUAUUCCCUUGUUGGCAUCAAACGAAUGUGACAAGUACCAAUUCUACGACUGUGAUCGUACCGAGAAAAAUAGCGACAACGGCUGUUACAGAUAUUUGAACUGUAUUAACAGCUGCAAGGAUAACAACAAAAACAACAGUAACGACUACAACAACAUUAAUAAUUUUAUCGCUAAUAUUAUCAGCAAUGGCCGGUUGAGUUCCGAAUAUUACAUUUUUUUAAACAUUUCAACGAAACCCAGCAUUGCUGAAAGAGAUUCAGACCCUACGGGAAACAACGAUAAUAUUAUUUAUAAUAAUCAUAAUAAUCAUAAUAAUAAUAAUAAUAAUAAUAAUAAUAAUAAUAAUAAUAAUGACGAUGAUGAUGAUGAAACCAAAAAUAAAUAUAACGUUGUUAAUGACAUUAAACGUAAUACAUUGUAUGAAAACUCCCGACGUAUUACUGAUGACGCGAACUCUUUACUCAACAUUGCAACGGCAAAUUUUAUCUCUAAAUUAUCUGUUUUUGCUCCUGAAGCAACCACUGACGAACUCGACGAUGUUUCCAAAUCGAAAUUGAAUUACUUACACAAUAAGUGUCAACCGUUUGACACUGCAAUCUCUAUGUGUGGAAUUCCAUCUCCCUAUGACAGGUGUCUAGUAAAAACCAACUAUCGACAUGUAGAAUGUAGCUACUAUACGACACCAGCUGCUUAAAAUAUCAGCGUUACCCUUUACUUGCGAGUUUAUUGAAUGAAUGUUGAAGGGUUUUUUUUUAAUCUAUUUAAGUAUGCAACAGCGGAAUGGAAAUAACAUGCCCGAUAACACAUGCAAGCAUGAGUAACGAAUAUAACGUACACACUUAAGAGCAUGACGCUUAUGUUUCGAUAGUAUAUGAAAUACAGGUAUGAGUGUACCUGCAUCUUCGUACGUUGAUAUAUUUAUAUAACACAACAAUUUGCAUACAUAUAUACAUGUAUGUAUGUAUAUGUAUAUUCAUAUAUGUAUCUAAGGAUACAUAUAUACAUAAAUAUAUAUAUAUAUAUAUAUAGACAUACAUAUACAUACAGACACACAUACAUAGAUACAAACAUAUAAGACAAGACGCAUGUGAUAUUGUGUUAUGAUUCUGGAAACAUCAAAAUUGAGUUAAAUAUUAUUGUUUUAUGUUUAUUUUGACUAAAUAUUAUUCCGGAAGACUUCAAAAUAACUUUGACAGAGAGAAAAAACAUUUCCUCUACCACAGAAAA